AGUGACCAGACGGUGACGACUGUACCUCUGCCGGCGCCGGACUUGGCGGUUAGUGCCUUGCCGAACUUGACAGAGGGAGGAGGCUCAGUGCGCUCUGUCUCGACGAUCCUCUGUUGACAUCAUUAAUGAAGUUUGAAGCACGCGUUUGUAACCCUAAACGAGGAAAAACAUGUUUACAAGAGGAGCGAAUGUAUACUUACUGAAGUAAAGAACACAACUGUGCACGUUAGAAGUAAAUAGUGAUAUUCUUGGAUGGUGCUGAAAAUGGUUUCCUGGAUCUUGUGGGAGUGGCCCCGGUAGACAUAAGGAGUGGUGGACCGCUACUUCACACUCCCUCAGUAAAACAUUACUUUUUAUUACUUUUUAUUUUUACAUUAUCUACCUGGCGAUGAUCAACCAGCAGUGAGGAACAACUUGUGGACGUAACUGAAGUCCAGGAUGAGUUGGCUAGAGAGAAAGAAGAGAGGUGAAGAGGAGUGGGUCGGUGGAGGUGUAAGUCUUCUGCACAGUGUCAUCUGCCUUCUGCUGAGCUUCUCCUUCGUCAGAUCACAGUGUCCUUGGCCUAAAGAGGUCACGGAACUGAACGGGACGUGCGUAUGUGCGUUUAACGUGCGUAACGACUUGUCAAUUCAAUGUACGACAGUAAACUUUACGCUGCUGAUGACAAUGCUGCACCAGCGGGCGUCCAGCAUAUCCCUCGACCUUCUCUACCUCAACAACACCCGCAUCAGCGUCCUCCCAGACGAUACUUUUGAUGGGCUCACCAUUGAAAACCUUCAGCUGUCUUCGUGCGGGAUCCACAACAUCAGCGAGGGCGCCUUCCAGGGUCUGGAGAACACCUUGGUAAAUCUAAACCUCCGGGGCAACUGGCUGACAAAGGUGCCCACCCCGGCCCUUACCGGCCUCCAACGGCUCAAGCUACUCGACCUCUCUGCCAACCGCCUUACUUCAGUUCCUGCAUUCGCCUUCAGGGACCUCCAUCUCUCCACACUCAGGCUUGGAGACAACGAGCUCACCCUCUCUGAGCAGUCCUUCUUAGGACUGGAGCAGACCCUGAAGAACCUCAACUUGAAGGGCACUAAGCAGCUCGCCCUGCCUCGAGCACUCAGAGGCCUCCCCGUCCUCGCCUUCCUUGACCUCGCCCAGAACCAGAUCCGCAGCCUGGAGGGAGGCACUCUGCAGGACUUACACUCCCUGACGGCGCUGAACGUGGAGAAGAACUUGUUGCAGGAGCUGACGGAGGAGGAUUUCUUGGGCGUGAAUGAUACCCUGAACUCCCUCUCACUCCUCAACAACCGCAUUAGAGAAUUUCCCAGCGAUGCCCUCAACAUGUUGACAGAGCUACGGGUGCUGGACAUCGGGUUCAACUUGAUCAGAGAGGUGCCAGUGGAAGCAUUUAGAGGCACCAAGUCCUUGACGCUGCUGGCCCUGGAUGGUAACCCUCUCACCACCCUCCCUGGCCCUGCCUUCACCCACCUCAACACCUCUCUCAGGGGGCUCUCCAUAGGUGGUCAGUUUCUACACUGUGACUGCAGGGUGGCGUGGAUCUCGGAGUGGAUCAACGAGUACGACUUACAGGUGACGUCACGUGGACAUAACCCCCAGUUCUGUGCCCAGCCACCAGAGUACCGCGACCGCUCCUUCUACCAACUGACCCCUGAUGACCUCACCUGUGACAACACUUCCUUCCUGACUGUGGAACGACCUGUCCAGCCCAUGACUGAGUUCUCGACCUCUAUGACUACCACAACCAGCACUCUCCCUGCCCUGUGGUCGUCCCCCAACUUACCCCUGACCCCCACCACCACCCAACAACCUAAGUUAACAUCAGGUCGACCAUAUGUCAUAAUUCCUCCUGGAGCUGUCAAUCGUAAUGAUGAACCUGACGAAGUAGAAGGUGAGUCCUCCUCCCCUCAGGUCUCGGGGGAGAACUCAAUUGAGGUAGGAAAGAGCUUCAAUCUGGGGCUAGCCGCUGAGGUGCUGCCUACAAGGUCGCAGCAUUGGCCGCCCAGGAUAGAGCGUCCACUUUCCCAACCUGUCCCUUCCUUGGCCCCUAGACCCAACUUGGUGCGCAGAACUACUGAUCCAACACCUCCAGACAACUUCUUUAGCAUCCAGGCACAGGGACCCUUCGACGAUGAGGUGAUUGUACAGGAGGCCUACAGGAAGGACACAUCUGUCAUCAUCCAGUGGGACUCCGAGGUCUCCAACAUCUUAGGUUUUAGGGUCGUCUACAGACUCUUCGGUGACACUAACUUCAAGUUGGGUCCUCCCCUGGCGGCGUCGGAGCGGGAGUUCAAGAUCAAGAGUGUGCCCACCAAGGAGUGUGUGGUGGUGUGUGUGGUGUCCCUCGAGCAGGUCACACUUACCCCAGAGACUGUGGGGUACUCCCAAUGUAGGGAGAUCCGCACCGGCACUACUGCUGCCACACACAUGGACACCAUCAUCAUUGCUGCCUCAGCCACUAUCUGUGGCACCGUCAUCCUCGCUGUCAUGGUGUUCAUAUGCUGCAGCAGAAGGCAAAUCGACCACCAGAAACAUGGCAUCCCAGUCAUGAUGAACCCAUCGUCACCGCCUCUGGCAUCGCUUGGCACCCUUGGGAGUAGCAUCAAGCCUGACUGGGAGACACUCUCCAUGUACUCACAGCAGUCUAUACCUAGGAUGUACCACAUGGACACAGGUUCAAUCAACAAGAGGUUUGUGCCUGACGACGCUACCUCACACAUGUCGCAGGCAUCACUAAGGCAGACACAACGCCCAAGGUCCAUGGCAGAGAGUCACUCCUUCCACCGUUCCUACUCCGCUGGGCCUCACCACUACCCACCCACUUUCAACCCAACCCUCUGCCUCUCCAGCCAUGAUCUUAGUGCGUCACGACAGUCACUCCCAAAUUCGCAGUUUGGGAGCACAGGAUUUGGGCCCAUGCCUAUGAACCCCAGUGCUUAUGGGUUGGGUGCUCCAGACUCCAAUAUGGGGAGACACUCUAGAACGCCACCUCACCGCAGGGACCGACGACGUCAACGAUCCAAGUCCCGGGAACAUGUUGGGUCGCAGGUCAGUCAUGCAGGAUCCUCUCACUCCAUCACCAGCUAUGACACUGAUGGUUGUAAUGACCAUGACAUGGAUAUCUAUAUCACAAGGAACCACUCUCGUGGCGGCCUCGUGCGGCUCUGAACACCCUCCUUUCGUAGCAACUUUGUCAUUGUUUCAAGAGAAAUUUUGCCCUGUAACUCAAAGGGCAUGUGACAGGAUAAUUUAAACUGGAGUAUCUCACUGUGGGAUGUCUGAGGAACCAGUUUAUUUCUCAUCUGAAAAUGUCAGUACUGACCUCUUUUGUCAUGUUGGUGGUAGUGAAAGACAACUUGGGUAGAAUACUUACCUUACUUGGAAAGUUCUCGGAGAAAUGAAGACAAUGCAAUAAAAGUAAAAAGAUAAUACUACAGCAAUAAACUUAAAGUUUACCAGUGUGAAUAGUGAUAUAAAUGUGUUUUUUCUGACAGAAUAAAAUCAGAUUUUUUCUGGAAAAAAAAAAACCCCAAGAUAAAAUAAAACUUCUUUUUUCUAUAUAGGACUGACAAGUUCU